AUGAAACACAUUGCUUUAUCCUUGUUUUUCUUAAUUCUACAGCAACGCAGUAAGGAAUCAGUUAACAUGUUGUAUCGAACCCUUAUUAGUGUACAGUCUGUGAUCGUAUAUCAAUAGCGUAUGUCACAGUCUGUAAUGAGUAGCCAAGAUGCUUGGAAGGAAUCCGAAUUGUUACCAUAUAUAUUUCAACACUCAUGAUAGAUCGUGUUUCAUAAAACAUGAAGAGUAGGAAUUUCAAUAUCACCUUAUUUAAGUUGCGUUCAGUGUAAAUGUAGAGUACAUGGAAGUUUUUGUGCAUUAUUGACAGUAGAUCAUGUAUUGUUAAGGAAAAGAGAAUCAAUAAAUAAUGUAUAGAUCAUGUAAAAUUCGUUUUAUGUUUUUUGAAGAAAAAUAUAACAGUAUACGUUUUUAAUCGAAGAUUUGCGGUUCUCCCUCAUAACAAUGGAGACAAAGCUAACGUUCAUUCGAUACGUUUUCAUAGCAAACGAGGACAACGAGCGUCUUAAUCCUUUCUCAGAGUUUCUUCGCAACUAGAAGACAUGCUGAGUAACAUUACAGACUAGAUUUAGAACAUUCUAGAGUAUUUCAAAGCCUUCAUUGAAAUUUGAAUUGUUACAAAAUGUUUAUGAAUGUUCUAAAUAGAGCAAUUUCUGAUUUUGGCGUAGAUAAAAAGUAAUAUUCAAGAUGUCUAGAAUGAUGCAUAGUGAUGUUUUGGUUUACCACAGUCGUCAUCUGAUGAACAUAAAAAGAAAAGCAUUAACUGAUAAAAUUAUUACUUCAGGAAAUAAUCACUAUCAGUGUUUCCGAGCUUAUCAAAAUAUAUAAUUCCACAUAGAGAAUACCACACAACAAAAGACAGCGCACUGAUAAAAUUCAAAAUGCGGCAGAUCGUUUCUCUGGCGAUCAAUUAUUCAUAGAAAAUAACUAGACGUUUUUCACUUAAUAUACUUUGUAUUAGUAUAAUGAGGCUAAAAAACACAUGUGAAUUUCACAAUUCAACCCCAAUAGGACUGUGCUGACAUGUGUUUUUUUUUAAUAUCAUCUAGAUUUCCUAUUGAAAUUUAACAGAUAAAAAAGUCAAACAAUAUUCCUAAAAUUUAAUUCAUAGCAAAUUUUCUUGCAAUAUUAAUUAACUAAUGACUUGACAUUUUUAUAGUAUGAAAUUCGCCGAAUUAAUUUCGAUGGUACUAAUGAAACUGUUUUCUACGGUGAUGAUGAAAUAUUAGUUGGUAUGGAAGCUGGUACAAUGCAAAUUGAUGCUGUUGGACGCAAUCUAUUUAUUGCUAAUAUUCGUCAUAGUCGAAUAGAUGCAAUAUCUUUAAAUGGUCUAUAUCAUACAAUAGUAUUUAGUGAUCAUGAAAAUGCUACAGGUGUAAUGCACCCUACAGCACUUGAUCUUGAUACAACAAAUGGUUAUGUUUAUUGGAUUGAUUUUGGUGGUGGACAAGUUCCUAUGAAAAUAGGUCGAGUUCGUUUUGAUGGAAAAUAUCCUGAAAAUGUUAUUGUUGAGAAUCUUUUACGACCAAAUUAUAUUGUUUACAAUCUUGAUCUUCAUUGUAUAUUUUGGAGUGAUGUUGGUAUACAAAAAAUUUCAUAUCAUUGUAUGGAUUCAGGUGAUACAAAAGUACUUGAUGUUGAAGUAAAUAAUCCACAAGGUUUUGAUUUUCUUACUCAUUACUAUCCUCCAACAUCACCAUUAAUAACAAUUAGUGAUAAUGAUGAUAUAACAUCAACACAUUAUUCAUUAUUUUUUGUUGAUAAAGAAUAUGAAGGUAUCUAUAAAAAAUGGUUUGAUCAUCGUUUAAAUCCUGUAUCAGAUGUUAUACCCGUACGAACAAAUCAAGAAGAUCCAAGACAAGUCCGAGCUUAUCCACGUUAUGAAGCUUUCAAUGCAUAUUGUUAUUAUGGUUCAUAUUGUGAACAAAUCUGUUUUCAAAUUGAUUCUAAUAAUCGUGAUACACCAACAUGUGAUUGUGCUAUUGGAUAUAAAUUAAAUAGUGACGGACGAACAUGUUCACCUAAAAGUCAACAAUAUAUUGUUUAUAGUACACAUUCAUUAUUACGAGCAUUUGAUUAUCGAUCAAAUGAUUCAGCAAGAGAAGAUGUUAUGCCAUUGAUUCCUGGUAAUGAUAUGGAAAUGCUAGCAGUUCGAUAUUCCAAUCGUGAAUUAUAUUGGAUAAAUGCAAAUCGUUUAAUUCGUCGUGCAGUAUGGACAGAUAAUCGAACAUGGAAUGUAACAAAUUAUCUACAAAUAAGUGUUGGAUCACAAAGAAAUUACAUUCUUGGUCUUACACUUGAUUGGAUAGCUGGAAAUUUAUAUUUUUCUUAUAUAACAAAUUCAUAUGGUCAUUUAGAAGUUAAUCGUCUUGGUACAGAUCAUCGAUUAAUUUUACGAAAAGGAGCAAAUGAAACAAUUUAUUCUCUCGCUGUUAAUCCAAAACGAAGAUUUCUGUAUUGGUGUGAUCGUGGUCAACGUGUUCGUAUAGGUCGUUCAUUACUCAAUGGUGAAAAUAUAACGUAUCUUGUAAUAACACAAAUUAUUCGACCAGAAUCGAUAACAAUUGAUUUUCUUACUGAUGAUGUUUAUUGGUCAGAUUCCAUACGUGAUACAGUUGAAGUUAUAUCAUGGGAUGGAAGAAAUCGUCGAACAGUUUCACGUAAUAUUCCAAAAGCAAUUAGUCUACUUAUUGCAAAUAAUGAUUUAUAUAUCAUGGAUCGAGCAUUUUCAUCGAUAAUGCGUAUUAAUAAAACAGUUAGUAAUAUGACACAACGUUUAGAAUCAAUAUUAACAUUAAAAACGUUUGAAGUUGGUGGUAUGGUAUUAUUUGAUGAACAACCAAAUUUUGAAUCACCAUGUCAAACAUCAACAGUUCGACAACGUUUUUGUGAAGAUCUUUGUUUUGCUAUGCCUGAUACAAGUGUACCACAAUGUGCAUGUGCAUAUGGAACAUUAAAUAUAGAUCGACGAACUUGUUCACCACCAAAUGAAUAUUUACUUGUUGCAAUGGAAAAAGAAAUUCGUUCAAUGUCAAUGGAACCACAUGGUUCAUCAUCAAGUGCACCAUGGCGUGCAAUUACAAAUUUAAGUAUGGUUGUUGGAAUUGAUUUUGAUUAUCGAGAUAAGAAAAUAUUUUAUACGGAUCUUCGUUUACAAGAUAUAUUUUCAUUUGAUAUGGAUGAUCCAAAUCCACAUGCACGACAAUUAAUACAAUCAAAUGUUACUGGUCGUUCACAACCUGUUGGUAUAUCAUAUGAUUGGGUAUCCGAUCGUUUAUAUUGGACAGAUGAACGAUACGGAAGAAUAAUUUCGGCUAGAAAUAAUGGUUCAGAAAGAUUGGUUAUAGCUGGUAGUUCAAAACCAAGAGCUAUUGUUGUUCAUCCAUGCAAAGGGUUAUUAUUUUGGUCAGAUGUUGGUGUAUAUCCAUCUAUUCGUCGUUCAACAUUAACUGGAAGACAAGUAACUUAUAUUAUUACGACUGAUAUAAGAUGGCCAAAUGGAUUAACAAUUGAUUUUGAUGAUGAUCGUAUUUAUUGGGCAGAUGCUUGGUUUGAUCGUAUUGAACGUGCAUCAUUAGAUGGUACAAAUCGAGAAGUUAUUUCAACAGUUGUUCAUCCAUUUGCAAUAACUGUUCAUGGACAUUAUAUCUAUUGGACUGAUUGGUCUCUUCGUGGUAUUUAUCGUGUCGAAAAAUAUACUGGCGCUAAUAUGGUUGAAAUGCAAAAUGAUCUUCCAUAUCGUCCAAUGGAUAUUCAUGUUGUAUCUGAUCAACGUCAAAAAUGUGCAUAUUCACCAUGUAAUAUAAGUAAUGGUGGUUGUAGUCAUAUAUGUAAAACAGCAGCUGAUAAUCAAGUUGAAUGUGCUUGUCCAAGUGGACAACAAUUAAAAUUAGCUAAUGAUCGACGAAUGUGUGUUCCAUUAUCAUCAUCAUGUGCUUCAAUUAAUUUUACUUGUCGAAAUGGUCAAUGUCUUUCAAGACGAAAAGUUUGUGAUGGUCAAUCAGAUUGUUCUGAUGGUUCAGAUGAAGAUUCAAGAUUUUGCUCACGAUAUUCUUGUCGACCAACUGAAUAUCGAUGUUUAAGUGGUGGAUGUAUUCCAUAUAUUGAACGAUGUGAUCGAAAAAUUGAUUGUAAUGAUGGCAGUGAUGAAAAUAAUGCAUUUCAACCAUGUGUAUAUCCUCAAUGUCCCGAAGGACAAUUUACAUGUAAUAAUUUUCGUUGUAUUGAUA